AAUCAAUAAGUGAAAAAAUAAAAAAAAUUAACAAAAUAAUCUAAGUUUCAAACUUAUUUCAAAAGUAAGCGUGAACUUCCUAAAUCUGAGGUUUGGGGACUAACUGCGAACAGGUCAAAAAAGACAAAAUAGCUGUUUGCAGUUACUAACUGCGAACAGCAUGCUGCACAAAAACAAGUCAAAAUAACUGUUCGUAGUAAAUAACUGUGAACAACUAUUUUGUCUUUCUUGACCUGUUUGCAGUUAGUAAUUGCGAACAGCCUCAAACCUCAGGUUUAAGAAUUUCACGCUUAAUUUUGGAAUAAAUUUGAAACUUAAAUUAUUUUGUUAAUGUUUUUUAUUUUUUCGCUUAUUGAAUUCAAAAUUUCGAUAUCUUACCGCCAAAACAUCACCCCGAUUCCCCGACACAACAAAGCAACUAUAAGAAGUAUAAACCCACCCUGCCGGCUGACCUAUUCUAUAGUCUCUAUAAAUGGGCAUAUCUCUUCUCUGUGAAUGGUGUUGAUCCAUUGCUCCGAUUCCGUCGUCAUUCCUGACACUCCGGCAGCGUCAAUGAGACGUCACAUUUGAGGCGAUUACUCAAGCCGCCGGAGAUAAAACGCAGACUUUUUCAUUAUACAACUAUGGCGUUUUUUCGGCUCUUCGCGCUCAUCUCUCAACUCUCACCUUCGCCUUCCUUGCCUUAUUUUGCCGUUUUCCUCCGUCGUUCCUCUCAGGAUACGUAUUGAGUGUGUGUUGGAGAGGUCUGAUAGAUUGUGAGCAACAGAAGCUGCUAGUGGCGUUUUUCCAAAUGGCUGGCGUGCUCUUCACCAGCUUGGUAUCGAUUCUACCCUUCGAUCAACUGCUAUUCAAUUUCAAAGGUGACGAUUAGAUUUCUCUUUUUGAAUGGCAGUUGAUGUUUGGGCUGACAAGAAUAUUGUACGAGAAACUCCAUUGAGUGAUGGAGAGGCUCGUUGCUUAAGACGAAGCGAUUUAAUUGAAGCCUUAGCCAAUGUGUUACCACCGGAGACUAUACGUUAUGGUUACCAAGUUAUGUCUGUUAAUAUGGAAAGAUCGAGCUCAUAUUCAGUUCUUCAACUUCACGAUGGGAACUCAAUCAAGGCUAAGGUGUUAAUUGGCUGUGACGGAUCAAAUUCAGUUAUUUCUAAUUACAUUGGCUUAAAGCCUACACGGUUAUUCUCCCGAAGCGCAGUUAGAGGCCUAACUGUUUAUCCAAAUGGACUUAAAUAUGCUCCUGAAUUUUUGAGACUAAGAAAGGAAAAGAUUUUAAUCGGAAGAAUUCCAAUUGAUGAAAAGACGGUUUACUGGUUUGUUGUUCUUCAUUGGAAUCAAGGAGAUGGUGAGAUGCAAAAGGAUCCGGCGUCCAUAAGACAGAGGACCUUAAGUCUAAUAGCUGGUUUCUCGAGGGACAUAGUGGAUAUGAUAGAGAAGAGCGACUUAAGCACAUUAUCAUUCACACGAUUGAGAUAUCGUGCCCCAUGGAAUUUACUUUCUGGAAACUUCCGAAGGGAGAGUAUAACAGUAGCGGGGGACGCUUGGCAUGUGAUGGGUCCUUUCCUUGGGCAGGGCGGGUCUGCAGCUUUGGAAGAUGCAGUUGUUUUGGCUAGAUGUUUAUCUAAGAAGAUAUCUGAUGCUAAUGUGAGGGGGAGUAUAAUGGAAUUGUCUGGACAGAAGGUUAUGGAAGCUCUGGAUGAAUAUUUGAAUGAAAGAAGGCGGCGAGUAUUCCUCUUAUCUUAUCUAAGAAGAUAUCUUUUUGGAAGUGUUUAAAUUCAGAAAAUUUGAAUAAAAUAAGAUUAUUUAACAACUUAAUUCUAAAAAUAAGCUUCGUGAAAACUUAAUUUUCAAAAUAAGCGUUCGUACAUCCAAAUCUAGUCUUGGAGUAAGUCGCUGUUACUAACAGCAAAUGACAAAAAAAAAAAAAAAAAAAUUUAAAGUCAUAAGUCGUUACUAACAGCGACUUAGGGAGUUGACUAUUAACUCCUUAAGUCGUUGUUAGUAACAACGACUUUAAGGUUAACUGAUCAACUUCUAAAUCUCGUAGGUUGAAAUGAAGAAGUAACUGAGAACUGAAAACUUAAAAUUCAUGAAGUCGCUGUUAGUAACAGCGACUUAAAAAAAAAUUUUUAUUUUUAAUUUCGCUGUUUAUAACAGCGAUAUAUGACUGUUAUUUUUUUUGUUCUUUCGCUGUUACUAACAGCGACUUAUACCAAGCCUAGGUUUGGAUGUAUUGACGUUUAUUUUGAGAAUUAAAAUUUCACGGAGCUUAUUUUUGGAAUUAAUUUGUUAAAUAAUCUUAUUUUAUUCAAAUUUUCUUAAAAUUCACAUAUUUUUUGAUCCUAUGAAUUUAGGAAAUUAUGUAUUUGUUAUUAUAUGUAUUCAAUUACUU